CGACAGCUUCAACUCAGAACAAGGUCCCAUAAGGCCAUGCCUCCACCAAAUAUGAAAUAUGGCUUCACAAGAAGAGACUGAAACUCCCUUCUCACGACAAGAUCACCAGGCCGCCUACAUCUUCCGACCCCAGGGCCAACGUCAGAGUCAGGGUCAGGCCCAAGCAUCUGCAGAGCGCCCAUCCAAGAGGAGACGCACGUCAAACAAGGCCGCGCCGCCCGUAGCAAAGUCGGUACCCGAGGGGGACGCGGGCCUGGCCGCUUCGGCUUCCGUUACGCCAUCGUCGCUCUUCGUCCCUUUGCUUAACGGCCUUGAAUCGGUCGCCUGCGUGCAGCUGCGUGAGAAGCUGUUUCAUGAUGCUUGGGGUCGGAACGAGACUCGAGUUCAGAACAUCCUCCGCGACGCCAAUUCCGCUACCCUGGACCAGGUGGCUACGUUUGUGCAGGCCGAGAGGGAAUGGCGAGACAAGAUAGCCUCGGCCUUCAUCAUCACCGGCGCCAACAUCGCGUCGCAGGACCUGCUCUUCGGACAGCUGGCCGAGAGGCUAAACACGGGCACCCGGAGCAGGUUCGUUCGCCUGCGGUCUUCCGAGGCGACGAAUGUCAAGGCUGCGCUUAAGAAGAUUAUCCAGGAUGCCACGGCCGGGGAUUCGUCCGAGGGGUAUGACGAUGAGGAUGUCGAGGUGUCAUUAGGCUUUGAUGACCGGAAAUAUCUCAACUACGAUCUAGAGAGCCUGCAUGUCUAUGUAAAAGCACAUUCCUGUCAGCGAGUCUGCGUCGCUUUCCAGGAUAGUGAGGGAUUCGACAGUGCCCUGUUGUCCGACCUCGUCGUGCUUUUCAGUUCGUGGAUGCCCCGGAUCCCGUUUACCUUGCUCUUUGGCGUGGCCACGUCCGUCGACUUGCUUCAGGCUCGGCUGCUCAAAUCGGCCUGUCGCCUCCUCUACGGUGCGCAGUUCGACGUCGUGCGUACCGACACCAUCCUCGAGCAGGUGUUCAAGCCCGCCGUCGCCGGGGCCGACGUCCUCCUGCGUCUGGGGCCUUCCUUGCUCCAGAGCUUGAUCGACAGGCAACAUGACCACGUAGCCGGCAUCCAUUCCUUUUUGAGUUCCCUCAAGUACGCGCACAUGUGCCACUUCUACGCGAACCCGCUCAGCAUAUUCGCCGCCGCAGACGACGCGCUGGGAAAACAACUCAUGCAGCCCGAACACCUGGGAGCCGUUCGGACGCUCCCCUCGUUCCGACAGGCCGUCGAGGACGCCGUCGAAGCGGGCCGGUUGGGAACAGCACGGUCUCUGCUCGACGACGACGAUUACCUCCGCGAGAGGAUCCUCGAGAUCCCGAAGAGAAGGGAAGAGUGGACGCUCGGAGUGCUCCGGGCCGUGGCGCUCCUCCAGGCGCUGCGCGUCGGGCAAGACGGGUUCCCCCAAACGUACCUGGCGGCGCUGUCGGAGGGAAUCGACCUCUCGGCGGACGAGAACACCGACAGCCACCACGUCGUGCCAUCCGUCAAGCGCAUGUCGCCGGACGAGUUCGUCGCCAUGCUCACCCGCGUCUCCGAAACCAUGAGAAACGGGGACCCCGCCCUCCGCCUGCCGGGAUGGGACGACCUCGGGAGCCAGGCUGCAGGGGCAGACGUCGGCAUGGAUAGUAAUAGUACGGACAUUUCCGACUCCUUCGAAGCCCUCGCGGCCCGGACCAGGGCCCUCAUCCUCCAGGCGCGGAGGGACGGGAAACCCCUCAAGAGCGCCUACAGCGGCCAGCGCAGGGUCGUGCGCACGACGGUGGUGGCGCAGAAAGUGCAGCUGAGCCGCGACUCGGCGGCGCUGUCGGACGCGGACAAGGCGUUCACCAAGGUGGUGGACGGGGCGGUGGCGCUGCUGGCGGGGACGGUCCGGUGCGUGGCCGCCGAGCGGGUGUUUUUGCACGAGACGUGGCUGUACGACGCCAAGAUGCCGUACCGCGACGUGUUUGUGCCGCGGCCGCGGGUCGUGUUCGAGAGGAGCUUGACGAGGCCGCAUGAUUACCUUGCUUGUGCGUGCUGUCGCGUGGAGGACGAUGAGGGGGCGGGGGCAAUCCCGGCGACGUUGCCGGUUACGUCGCUCCUUUACCACCUUUACCUGGAGACGCCUGGUCUUAUCAACGUGGCGGACUUGUGGGCUGCUUUCUAUGGGGUGGUUGGCGAAGGGGCGGGGGCGGAAGGGGAAGCGGAAGGGGAAGGGGAGGUCGGGAGGACGGAGAGGUCGGGGGGUUACGAUGAGCGGACUGCUCUGGUGUUGUUCUAUAGGGGGUUGGCGGAGUUGAAGGCGCUUGGGUUCGUCAAGCAUAGCAGGAAGAAGGUGGACCAUGUUGCUAAGAUUAAGUGGCUUUGACGGAAAGGGAGACGGGUAUGUCGGUUGGUGUCUUCAUUAUGUAUGGACUUUCUGGUCUGUUGUUCAACUUUCUUGCUGAGGACCGAGACACCAUCAC